AUGGACGCAAGUGGAACAGUUCUAGACGUCCCACAUGCAGAAAGCUCAACUGCCGCACUGCAGCGCGAGGCGGCCGCCGCUCAAUGCGCCGUCUGCGUCGCCAGCAUCGCCAAAUACACCUGUCCGCGCUGCAAGUUGCGAACCUGCUCCCUGCAAUGCUCGACGGCACACAAGACGCGCGGGGUGGGAUGCUCCGGCGAGCGCGACAAGGCGGCGUACGUGCCGAUGAACGAGUACGGGUACAUGACCCUCAUGAACGACUACACCUUUCUCGAGGAGAUGGGCCGCAAGGUCGGGGAUUGGGGGCGGGAGAUCGCCCAGGGCGGGUACGCCUCGGCCGCAUCGUCGAAUGCGAGAGGCGGGGCGCGCGGACGGGGACGGGGCAGAGGCAGGGGCCGAGGUGGGGGCGGGUUCGGAUUCGGCGGCGGCGCCCAGAAGGGCACGUCGAAGCGGGACAUCCUCAAGAUGCAGCUCGACGCGCGGGACAUCGACGUCGAGUUCCUCGCGAACGGCAUGGAGCGCCGCAUGCUCAACCAGUCCACCUGGGACCACAAGACCAACACCGCGCUCCUCACGCUCGAGCUCCAGUUCCACCCGCCCCGCGACGGCCUCGCGCCGCCCCCACCGCCGUACACGCUCCUCGCGCACCGCACCGCGCUCGACACGCCCCUGCUCGACGCCGUCCGCGCGCCCCUCGCCGAGCGCGCCCAGUCCAAGUCCAAGCACAAAGACAAGGCCGGCGGCGUCCCCGCCUGGGCGCACGCCCUCGUCUUCCCCGACCCGGACGCCCCCGACGCCUUCGUCCCGCCGCUCUGCGCGAUCGCGACCGCGCUCGACCCGCUCGCCGCGCUGCACGCGUCCGCGCCUGCGCCCGCGUUCGGAUCCAUGGGGCUCCUCCGCCGCGCGCACCACCGACUCGACCCCGCCGCGCCGCUCGGCGCCGCACUCAGGGGCAAGCACUUUGUGGAGUUCCCGACCGUCGAGGUGUGGGACCCGGACGCGUUCGCGGGCGCGCUCGUCGACGAGCGCGGGGCGGUCGCGGCUGUCGGGGGGUCGCCGGAGCGCCGCGCGAAGCGGCGCAAGCUCGACCCCGGCGCGGCGCGGAAGGCGAUUGGGGGGCUCUUGGGCGGGUACGGCAGCGACGAAGGCCGGGAUGAGGAAGGCGGGAGUGGAGGUGGAGGUGGAGGAGAAAAGGAUGAACAGGGGGCGCUGGGGCUGUUGGGAGGAUAUGGUGCGGAGAGCGAUGAGGACGAGGACGAGGCGACGGCUGUUGCUGGUACGGACGAAUGGGGCGAUGAAGAUGCGGACGGGGAGACGGACGACGAGGGAGCAGGCGGCGCUGAGGAGCUCGCUGAGAUGCUGAAGAAGCUCCGCGAGGCCGGUGCACUCCGGGAUCCUGGGAGAGACGGCGUGUUGGGAUUCGAUGGCGCCGAUGAGGAGCAGGUCGACUGGGGAGAGUCAGACGACGAGGGCAUCAACGGGGUAUGA